UUUAGCAUUUUUUGACCACCGCAUGGAACUCUUCCACGCGUCUCUCUCUCCUCCUUAUAUUGACCACGUCAUCUGCGGGACUCCAUUAUCUGGUGCCGUGUGGACGAAACAGCGGUUCGGCCACUCCCGUCCGUCAAAAUCAAGUGGCGCUACUAGCUUGUCGUCGUCGUCGCUGGCCAUAUCCAUUCUCUUCUCGACGGACUCCAUUAUCCGGCCACCUCUCCGCAUCGCACAUAUUUUCUAUCCCCUACAGUUCUGCGCUCAGAGCUUGCAGACGCCCGACCGCCGCUCCAAGUCGUCGUUCCAGCCAACCUCGCCGGAGCUCCUCCCUCUGCUAUUCUCAUGUGCCCAGGAAGAAAAAUCUCGCGGCUCUAUCCUUCCAGCCGUCUUCUUCCCUUAUCCCCGCCGCCGCUCAGCUCAAGAUUUUUCUCACCGCCGUUGCCUCGUUCCCAUCCGCUCGGCCACCCUGAAUAAAAAUCCCAUCGCGGUGUCCAUCUUCUGCUCUUAGCCGAGUGCCUCUGCUCCUCUUCUCCCCGGCGCCUGGUCGGAUGUGGAUCCUCUGCUCGAAGCUCCCAGCGCCGGAUUCCCUGCAAGCUUCAGCUUCCUGCGCGCCCAGCCUCUCCACUUCUCCAGCGCCCAGCCCCAACUCCCAGCCGAGCUCGGCCGCCCGGCCCCCAACGCCGCUCUCUUCCCCAGCGCCCCUCCCCUCUGUUCGCUUGUCGCCAUGUCCGCCGUAGCUCAGCUCGACCGCUCGGCUUCCCCUAGCCUCUUCCCCUGCGAGCUCGACUCCUGCUCGCCCAUGGAGUUCGCCCAGCUCCCUGCUCCGGUGACUAGCGCUCGGCGUCCUGCUCUCUAUGCCCUGCUCGUCCCUGCGCACGCGCCGCGGUUUCCCCCGAGCUCCCUCGCCGUGGAUUCUUUCUGCGCGUCCUCUCCGGCGCUGCGGUGCCCCAGCUUGGCCUCUGCCCAUUCCUCAGCCGCACCCUGCUCCAGUCGCUCACCCAUCGGACGCUACACGCUCGCCUCUGCUCGUUCCGUGGGUGCGCACUGCCUUCUCUGUCCAUGGUGCGCCCUCACCUCUACUUCUCUGCUGGCCGGCGUUUUUCCAGCCGUGGAUCUCCUUGUGUGCCGCGUCCGGCUCCCUGACGUGCCGCGGUGCCCAUCGCCCUGCGCGCGCUCUGUUUCCUCGCGCGGCUUCGUGCUCGCCUGGCCGUUGUCUUGGAUGCGCAGGAGUAGUGUAGGUGCUUGCAGUUGGGGGAUCCUCGAUAUCGGGCUGGGAUUAGAGAAGACAGUACUGUUCCGUGCGUCGCUUAUCCGAUGCUCGACGGAAUGUCCAACUGGGAGGUGAUAGCUUCGUGUGUCGGCGAGCCGUCGUUUUCCUCGUUCAGUGUUUGCGCGGCCUUGCCUGAACCGUGCUGCCAUCUCCCGACCGUUGGCUCUUGCCCCCUGCACGGGCUUGUCGUGCUAGUCAACCCCGCCUCGAUCCUCGUCGUCGAUACUGCGCUUGCUGGUGGCCAAAGCUCGCGCUAACCUGCUCGAUCACACGUCGUCAGCUCGCUUCAUACUCAAACUCGUCGUCGCGUCGUGUGUGCAUCACUCGCCAGCCAUAUGUGAUCAAAGACGUCAACCGGAAACCAUCCUCGUGCUUGCAACUAUCGCGUCGAAUUAGUCAGGGUAAGUUGAUUCGUAUUCCCGUUAACUAGGUCUAUAAAUAGAUUAAAUAGAAUUGUUGGUCACAGUAAAUAUUAUUAAUUUAGCAUGCGUAUAUUGUGAUGAUCGAUUUAGAUAGCUCGCUAAAUCAAGUAAUUAAGUUACACAGUUUAGAGAGUUAAUAAAAAGCUAGGAAUAAAAAUAGAUUUUCUAGUGUUAUUAGGUCAAUUUGGUUAAUGAAUGUAGUCGAUGCUCUGCUAUGAUAUCCAUGGUGCUUAAUGCUUGAUUUUAAGUGUUUCAUCCUUUUUAGUAUAGAGUAUCUAUCUUAUACUCGUUCUACUUGUGCUCAUACAUGUGCAUCGUGCAUCUCAUGAGGUACGAUAAAUAAUCAUGUGAUGCGGAAGACAAGCCAAGUCGACCCCAAGCACGGGCUAAAUCCGCAGGAUGAAGCUGAUGGACCAACCUGAAGAUGGUUAAAUUAAGCAAGUGCUCGGUCGAGGGAUACUCGUCAAGCGGACAUCGUCUAACAAACACUAACGUAGUGUUAUUCCAGGCAAGCCCCGGUGCAU